GCUGGUGGUAUGGUACGGUAGGGACGUCGUAAUUUGCGCAGUUCCAAAUCUGUACCGGUAUGUGCCGAGCUGGCGUUCGACAUUCCCUUCCAAAAGGUAUCCCUUUCAUGGGAUCUCACUGAUCGAGCAUCAACUCCGCUCAUCAAUUAGGAGUCAUGGAUGCUUCACGCCGCUCAAUUUACGUUGGAUUGCCCAGAACCGAGUCGAUUGAAAAGAAAUUGUCCGUCUUAGAAGAUAAAUUAACGAUCUAUUUUCAAAAGAGCAGAUAUGGCGAUGUCGACAGUGUUUUGGUCAUAAAGCCCGACAGAGGUGACAAACUAUGGAUGGAAGUCACUUUCGACGAACCGUCCGGUGUUGAGCAAGUGCUAUCAGUUGCUCAGCAUGAGCUGAAGUUGGAGGGCUAUGACCUCAUUCCCCUUGAAGUCAGGACAGAUUUACCACCUAAGCCCACUGAAUCCAGCUCAGAUGAUGGCGAAGAGUCUUUUGUUCUUGUCCCAGAGGGUAAUGUUGACAAGGAGACCUUGAAGGAUGGAGGUCUCACAAAGGAAGCAUCUGCUCCAAAUAAGGACAAGAACCAAUCACCAAGCCAGACAGAUGGUCCACCAAGCCGACCAUGCAGUUCAAGAAUUGCUGCCACUCUCCACCUGCCUGGUGUAGCAUCAUCUAAGACUGGAGAGUUACCUCCAGGUCCACAUGCAGCCCACCAUACACCAGACCCUGCUGAAAUGUCCUCACAGCAACCUACCGUCGGUACCACUGUACAGGGAGAGGAACACUAUGUAGACGCAACAGAUGAAGAUCUGUAUAGCCCAAAUGGUUCAAAGAAACCAUUUGCGGAAAAGGAGGUACCUCCAGGUCCACAUUCAGCCCACCAUACACCAGACCCUGCUGAAAUGUCUUCACUGCAAUCUACCGUUGGUACCACUGUACAGGGAGAGAAGCACUAUGAAGAGGGCACAGAUGAAGAUCUGUAUAGCCCAAAUGGUUCAAAGAAACAAUUUAUGGAAAAUCAGACUCCAUACCCGGCAAAGAAAUUGAAAAUGGAAGCUUCGCACUCCCAGGAUAUUGCAAAUAAAGAUCUGCAUGGCAGAGGCGAUGAUUGCCAGAAGCAAGCUUCUUCCCAGCAACAGCCGAGAGCAUCUGGAGAUAGACACCAACGACAGCCAGUAGAACCCAGCAAACAUCAGUUGGAAGGCGGUGGUGCAACCCAAAAAGGCAACUUGAGACCACAACAAAUGGGAGCAGCAGCGCAGGAUCAGAUGAACAAACAAGAUCAAGACCAUCACGGACCCCAAAACACCACCAAGUUGUCUGGACCACAAAAAAGCAAGAAGAGCAGAAGGAAACAAAAGGGCAAAAAAGCUGACUCAGAAAUCUCUGAGCAGGAGCAGACAACUGCUGGCAGAAGAGGACACUCAGAAGCUCCCUUAAUACCCCAGGAACAAGUGCGAGAGGAGAAUUCUCCAGAUGAGAAAGAGGAAGAAGAGGAAGAAGAGGAGGAAGAGGAGAAAUUUGUUGAAGUUACAGGUUUCAACCAAUUGUCAUCGUCAUCAGAGGAGAUGCUCAGGAUGCAUUUUGAGAAUCCCAAAAGAUCUGGAGGAGGCGACAUCAAGACAUGGGAGCAUGACCCAAAGGCUAAAGCCAUCAAAAUGACUUUUGAGAACCCAUCACUUACUAGUAAAGUGAUUGCAAAAAAACAUAAGGUUGGAGGUGAUAAUCUGGUGGUGCGCCAGAUUGUGAAGAAGAAACCUCGCCCUCGUCCUGUCAAGAAGCGAUGUCUGUUUCUGUGCGGAAUUCCUGAUGGGUGUAAUUCAGAGCUUGUGGCAAUGUUCAUUGAGAAUCGGUCUGGUACGGAUGAGUUCAAGAUACAAUAUGGUGAGAUGCCUGGAACAGCACUCUGCACAUUCAAAGAAGACAUCCAAGACUUCGAGAAUGUAAUCAAAAGAAUUUCUUCAAAAGUGUUGAGUGGAGCCUAUUUGACAGCAGAGAAGGUGAAGGAGUCAGAUUGUAUUCUCGUGAAAGGGGUCUCACCAAGAACAUCUUUAGAGAUGAUCGAGUUGUAUUUUGACAACAAAAAGAAAUCUGGCGGCACCGGUGUCAGAGAGGUACAGCAGGGACCCACAGACACUCAGGCUAUUGUCUACUAUGAAGACUGGAAAGUUGUUCAUGACGUUCUGUCGAAAAGGAGUCCCCACAAGGUUGCCGGCACUGAGCUGUUGGUUGAAGAGUACCAUGAAUGUCUGGGAAGACUGAGUCAAUUAGAUGCCCCUACUCCUCAUGUCCCUAAGCCAGUCACUGUACAAGUCCAGAAACCCAUCAUGGAGUUCAUCUUCGGGAAGGGCCAACACACAAAGAAGACUUUGACUCAGAAGCUUAGGGAUGCAAAGGCCAUUCUGAAAUGGCCAGAUGGUGACGAUAAGACAACAGCUAGGCUGGAACCUCUACUGGAAGAUGGACAGCGACAAUCAUCUUGGCUCAAAUGGUCUGAAACUGCUACCCAAAUUCUGACUGACUCCCUGAACAGGUGUAAGUCAUCCAGAAUUGCAGUCCCAUCGUCAUUUUGGAAAGACGCAGUUGAUAAAAUAAAUCAGCUUGGCACCAAGAGCUUCUCCAUUCAGUUUGAUGCUAGCACUCAUCUAGUUACUUUGGUUGGGGAGCAGCAAGACGUUCAUAAAGGACAUACUGAUAUUGAUGGAAUCAUUAAGGAGUUGAGAGCAAAGACCGAGUAUGAAGCCCAGCAAAUAAAGGAAGACAUAACCUUGACAGAAGAGAAGUCCCAGCCUUUUAUCAUAUGUGGCAUCAAGGAUAAAAUUGAAAAGGACUUUCCAAACCUGAAGAUCACUGUCAUCUCUUCACAAGAUAAACUCAGAGUCGUUUUUGAAGGAUCACGUAAGAUCGUGCAGGAAGCAGAGCUGUCGAUGCGGAGGCAAAUGGACAGUCUAGAGAAAGUAGAACUCAAAACCGGACCUAACAAAGUAAAGUUUGUUCUGAAUGUUAUCGACAAAAUCCAUGAGAUCCUAGGGUCACAGGGCAGUCGAGCAGCAUGCAAGGGAUCUGAUGAUGGCAAGAUCAUCAUAUCUGGUGCCACUAAGAAGGAUACAACCAAGGCUAAAGCAUACAUCGAUCAGGAAAUAGAAGAGGGUGUUAUUCCAAUCAAAAGCCAAGCUGCAAUGGAUGUUCUCCAGAACCAAACCGGCCAGAGGCUCCUUGAUGGGAUCAACAAGCAGAAAUUUGUUAUGGCAGCCAUCAGCAGCAAAGGGAAUGUGGUUGAACUUGCAGGAUUCAAGACUAACUUGGGCGAGACAAAGCAAAAAAUCAUGCUUUUUCUGAAAGAUAAUGUCAUCAUAAAGACAAUGGUUCCAGCAAACAAGAACAAAAUAUGUCUCAUCGAAAAUUUCUACGGCGAAGAUUUGGUAAACAUAAUGAAGAAUACCAAAAACCAUGUGAAAAUCCAGCCACAGAAGGGUGGCCGUCGCAAGGGAUUUGUGAUUCAAGGAAAUGAAGAGGGUUCGGAAGCAGCAAGCCAGGCCAUUUCUUCCCUGAUAGAUAGAAUCAAGGAGCAGCCUUAUCCGGUCUCAAAGACUGGAAUGGCCCAACUCUUCCGAGAAGACAAAGGGAAGAAGUUUUUGGAAACGCUUGAGAAAGAAUACCUGUGUGUUAUCAGAGAGAAUGUGCAGGAAGACAGCGAUGAUGAAGCUGAAGUUGAAGGAGAUGCAGCAGUGAGACCAAUGGUAUCCACGAGGGUACUCUGCCGAAUUGCUCUGCCAAAUGGCUUCACUUUGAAAGUAUGCAUAGGCGACCUGACAAGGCAACAAGUGGACUGCAUAGUGAAUGCUGCAAAUACGGAACUGAAACAUGUUGGAGGACUAGCAUAUGAUAUAGUCAAAGCAGGUGGGAGAGCCAUUCAGACUGAGAGUGAGCAGAUAUUGAUCAGGUCCAAGCGCCGCCAAUUGUACGUUGGCGAGCCUGUUCAUACUACCGGUGGGAAACUACCCUGCAAGAAAGUUAUCCAUGUUGCAGGACCUAAAUGGCCACAUCAUAGAGGAGACACAUUUAUUCCAGAUGAUGAUGAGCCAAGUUAUGAAGAGCAUCUCCUGUAUAACGGCGUCAUUGCUUGUCUAAAACUGGCAAAUAAGCUGAAUAUGCAGUCCAUCGCCAUACCAGCCAUCAGCACUGGUGUUUAUGGCUUCCCAGUUGACCUCGCCGCAAAGCAGAUCCUUAACGCCGUGGCUGAGUUCUGUCAAAGCAUGCCUAACCCCACCCUGACAGAGAUUCAUUUCACCAACAAUGACCCGCCAACCUGUGAUGUAUUCAAAAAGGCUGUGAUGGAUCGAUUUAGCCAAUUUCAGGAAGACGAAGAUGGCACUGAUGUUGACAAAGGGUCCAGGGGUGCAAGUUUGGGUCCACCAAUUGUUGAUGAUGUACCACAACCACCCCCUGUCUCUGCUCCAGCCCCAGCCCCAAGGUUUACUUCAUCAGGGCAAAACAUCUUGACAACAAUGGAGGGCAUCAACAUAACCCUCAAGAAAGGAAGCAUCACCAGUGAAAUGGUUGAUGUACUAGUCAACACUGCAGGAAGUGACAUGCAACUUGGUAAUGGUGCGGUGUCUAAGGCCAUAUUGCAAGCAGCUGGGCAAGCCUUACAGCUAGAGUGCAGCACAGUGACUUCUGCUCGUGGGAAAAUCCCAGCUGGUGAAUUCAUACAAACGGGACCAGCUGCCCUCACAUGCAAAAAGGUCUACCACUGCGUCUGUGAAAGUUACAGCAGUCCAGCCAGAGCUGAGCAAUUUCUGAAGAAGCUUGUCCUCAGUUUGAUGGAGGACGCUGAGCAAAAUGAAAUGCUUUCCAUAGCAAUCCCAGCACUCGGUACAGGCAACCUGAACUACCCAGCUGAUGUCACUGCACGUGUCAUGUAUGAGUCAGUCUUGGAAUUCAGCAGUCAACAUCCGAAUGGUGUACUGAAGGAUAUUCGCUUUGUAGUCUACGACAAAGAUGUGAAGACUAUCCAGUGUUUUGAGAGCGAAAUUCAACGUCUGUUGAACCCUGCAUCACCAGGAGGAGCUACAGGAUUCACCCCUUCUGGCCACGGAAGAAAGUUGAAAAAACCUGGCUCUUCAUCAGGUCCCACUGACCGCCAGGCUUACUCGGCCAUACAGCGUGAUGCCACAGGAAUGCUACAGACAAAGAUAGGUUCUGUUUGUCUUCAAGUUGGACAGGGAGACCUUGUGAAAGAAACAACUGAUGGCAUUGUCAACAGUGUUGGGGCAAGAUUGGAUUUGAAUGGUCCAGUUUCUCAGGCCAUCCUAGCCAAAGGUGGAAAGAAUAUUGUGCAAGAAUGUGAUUUCCAUCGCAAUAAAGACCCAAGGAAACUGAUGUACGUCACUACUGCCGGGCGACUUCAGAGCAGCUGUAUAUUCCAUGUUGUCACUCCCAGAACAGUGGAAGAAAUCAAAACUGUUGUGCUGAGGAGCUUGAAUGAAGCAGAGAAAAUCAAGCUCAAGUCAGUUUCCUUCCCAGCAUUGGGCACAGGCCAAGCUGGUCAAUCAGUUGCCGAUUGCGCUAGUGCCAUAAUGACAGCUGUCGGUGAAUUUGCAGUCCGUAAGAAGCCUCAAUAUCUCCGUCUCAUCCGUCUAGUCAUAUUCCAGCGAGACAUGGUUUCUGGAUUUCAAGAUGCCCUGCAGAAAGAAGUUGGCACUUCAUUCAAAGAGCAAAAAGGCUUUUUCUCUAAAGGCCUGGGGAAGUUCAUGUCUGCCUUGUCUGGUGCUAUAUCUGGUGCCACUGCAGAUGCUUCAACAGAUGACGAAAGUCUCCAAGAAACCAUUAUUCUCAAUAUCUACGCCAUGGACAUGCCUUCUGUCAAGAAAGCUGCUGACAAGAUCGAUCAGUUCCAAGAUGAGCAAUAUACAUCUGAGAAUCUAUCCGAUGAACAUGGAAUGAUAGACAAGAUGACAGAUGCACACGGAGCUAUACUCAAAGAAAUUGAGAGGAAGCAUCACGUGAAGAUAAAGUGCUGUGGCAAGGGACAAGCAAAGUCUUUCAAUGUUCGGGGUCCUACCCUCAGCGUCAAAGAUGCUUGCAUUCAGAUUCAAGCGCUCUUUACGAGAAUCCAGAAAGAGGAACUUGAGCUGCAACAAAGGGAACACCUGUUUAAGGAAGUGCAAUGGAAGUACAGCACUCAACAUGGAAUGGAAGCAUAUGAUCCAGAGGUGAAUGCUAUCAUAGAGGAGGCCCACAAGAACAAUCGCCCCUCAGUUAUCCUGAAUCUUGAAGAUGGAAAUGUGACAAUCAACUUCCAAGCCAUGGAGGAGAUUUCACCUUCUGGAAACCUUGUUGUCCAACGGAUUGACAUGAAAAAAGCUGCUUCAUUCGAAAUGCCAAGCAACUGGAUACCUAUGACGAAGGAUAAACACUUUGCAAUGGUACAACUUACUGCAGGCACACCCGAAUACACAACUGUAGAGACACAAUUCCAAUCAACCGGAGGAGGUCAUACAAUUCGAGAGAUACAUAGAAUUCAGAACAGAGACUUGCUGAUGCAGUACCAAGCACGUAAGGGAGCGAUGGAGGCUCGUCUUGGUCGUACUAACAUUGAAGAGACAUUGUUCCAUGGUACCGAUGAGCAAACGUGUGAUAAGAUCAACAAGUUUGGUUUCAAUCGCAGCUUCUGUGGCAAGAAUGCAACUGUGUUUGGCAAUGGAACCUAUUUUGCUGUGGAUUCUAACUACUCGGCACGGUCACAGUAUGCAAAGCCUAAUGCAAACGGUGUACAGCACAUGUACCUGACAAAGGUUCUGGUCGGUGAUUACAUCCGGGGAAAUCAAGGAAUAAUAACUCCUCCCAACAAACCAAGUCAUCCGGACCAGCAGUACGACUGCGUGGUGGACAAUGUAAACCAGCCAGGCAUCUAUGUUAUCUUUCAUGAUGCACAAGCCUAUGCAGAAUACCUCAUCAAAUUCCAGUAAGCAAGUCAAACACUUCAGAUGAUAGGUACAUGUAUUCAGUGUGCGAUAUUAUGAUUGAACGAUUUGCAGCCCCAUUAAAAAACGAUCGAUUUUAAAUAAUUUGAAGCCCAUUUAAAAACAAAUAAAUAAAAUGCACACUGAGGCAUGCUCAUCUAAAAUGAGAAUGGUAGCAGUUUGGUGAAAACCACAUCAGCAGCACAGUUUAAGCGAUACCAUUAAGAUGAUAUGAUUAGGUGAAAUAGUGCUUUUAAAAUAUCCAUUUCUUUACAGUAUGCUAUACUUUAUAUAAAGGCCAAAUCUGUGAAAUUGAUUAAAGUCUAGCUCAAAGACUUUUGCAGUGGAUAAGACUUGGAAUACGAUGGAUAAGACUAAAUUCCAUCCAAAUGAACUUUCAGCUUUCAAAGUAACAUCUUUUGAAGAAAAAAAACUAUGUAAGUUUACUUGACCAAUACAUAUGGAUGAAUAUAGCUUUUAAAAUGAGUAGGUUAGCAACGAUUUACACGAAAUGUGCAAAAACAUUAAAAUUCCACAAGUAGUGCCUUUGACUAAUGCUGGUGCUAAAAACAUAUCUGAUUGUCAGUCGGUCGUAAAGCCAUAAUUGAGACAAACGAAAAAUAUUGAUUGAGAAAUAACAUUGACCCUGUUAAAAAGAUACAUAUACUUCAUGUUUAAAGUUUCACUAAGAAAUUGAAUGGUAAAACUGAAGUCGGUGAUGUCCAAAGUGAUGAAAUAUGAAUGAUCACGGUAACAUUUAUUAAAAUGCAGCUGCUUUAAAAAAAAACCGGUCAAGAAAGAAGAAAAACGUUUGUUUUGCUUUUUGUCAUUAAGAGCUUGUAAAUAGUGGUUUAAUCCGAUGCGUGAUUCAAUUGGCAAGUCAUGCAUUUUCAGAACCUUGUAAGAAACAAAUUAAAAUAAGCCUUUGAACUUUUUUCAAUGCAUUUAAAGGACCUUUGUGUUUCAUCUUGGCUCUCUUUGAUUUCAGACCGCUCAAUUUUAAGUUAAAAAAAGUUCCAUUAAGAGGCAAAAUCAAAAUAACCAUAUGUACCUUUUGUGUCAUAUUAUUUUUGAGGAUUUCCCAGAAAGCAUGCAUGGUGCAUAAUGGUGCAUGCAGUUGCAAACAUACAUGUAUUAUAAUGUUGUAUAGUGAUCCGAUCAAUAUCUCUGUGAUUCAUAACAGGAAAUCUGAUGGGUUUUUUAAAGGUUAUCAAGUUAUAUUAAGAAAUACUAAUCACCGCCUGCAAAAUACAUUCGUUCACGUUACUCAUCGGUGUCACAUACCAUUAGUAUUCGGAAUUUACAAGUUUUGUGUAAAGGACGAAAUAACUAUCGAGAUGUUUAAAUUACGUAUUUGUGGACUUUCAGCUGCAAUCUGUUGAUUGUUGAUUUCUCUGUAAUAUCUUAAAGAUCAGUCAUAGUAUGUCUAGCUAAAAGACUUGUGCAGUAUGCCUAAGUAAGACUCUGCAAAGCAGAAAUAAGCCUUUGUGUAUUUUUUAAUCCAAGUUUCAGCCUCACAGUAACAUCUUUUUCAGAAUGAAAUGUGUACAUUUACCUUUCCCCAUAUCUCCAGUAUACAUAGAUUGAUAUAACUUUCAAUAAUAUUGGGUUCAAACAAAGGUUUAAUAGAACUUAAUGUGUAAAUGAUGCACAUGUGCUAUAUUAAGAACACAUGUGGAAAUAAGAGUAGUACCUUUGUUAGGAUGGUGCUAAAACAACUUUGAUUUGUUUGAAUCAUGAAUACACAAUUGAAACAAAACAAAACAAAUAUAAUUAAGAACUAAAAGUGAUCCUCGUAUUGUUCUUGCAUAUGUUACUUCAUGUUUAAAGUUUACCAAGAAAUUGAGCACUACAAAUAUAGACAGUGCUGUCUAAGAUGACGAAAUAUGAAUGGUGUCAAAAUAUGAACACAAACAUUUACUGACAUAUAGCUGCUUUUGAAAAAGAAAAAAGAAUGCCAUUAAGAGAGGAAAAAAUGUUUAAAUAUUUGAAAAGGUUUUUUUUUACUGUCAUGCAAUAGCUUGAGAAUAAAAUGUGGUUUUAAUCCGAUAGUCAAUUGCCAAUAUUCAGAACGUUUCAAGCAACAAGAUAAAAGAAGCCAUUACACCUUUUUUCCCCAUGCAUAAAAAUAGCUUCGGUGCUUCAUCGUAUCUCUCUUAGGUUUCAGAUUGCUCACUU